AAGCUCCAUAUGAAUGAAAGUUUCAUCCGAGAGCUAGUUGUCCAGAAGACGUCACUGUAGAAGAGGAUAUGGUUUAAUUAAGGUUUCUGACGAUGUUUUUGAUCCUACUAGAUGGAAUGUGACACUGAUAAGUCAAGCAGUAGACACUGACCAGAGAUAUUUCCCAUAAUCCUGUGAAUGAUAAUGCCAACUUGGCCAACUCUGUCGGUAUGGAGGAUACUUUGAUGGCAACAGGUAGCACCGUCUCCACGGAGUCCGAUCUGAAAAUGGAGUAUUCAUCAGACACAAACAACGAUAGUGAAGAUGAAAACAGUGAUGUAGAAAUAACAUUUGGACCGUGGCCACCCUUUCCAUCAAAACAGGACACAGAAAUUCCUGAUGACCAAAUGCAAGCAAACCUUGACUCGAGAGACUCAAGUCAAUUGUCAGAGCAAUGUGAGGAAGAAGAAGAUUUUCACAUGGAGUCGGACAGUAGCGAGGUUUCCUUCGAUGAACAUUCAGACAUAGAAUCUGAAGAAAACUACACAAAAACUGAUGACAUCACCAGUCAAAAUGUGCAGGCUGACAAAACAGAAGUGGUGGAUGUCAUUGGACCAUCUGAGUUGGCCGAUUCUGAUUUAAACCCAGAAAACACUAUUGAGAAAACAAGCUUAGAAAACACAGAAUUCAUUGAAGGCAAUGAAAGCAGAAUUCCUACAGACUCUGAAGCUGAAGCAAAUAAUGAUACACAUCCUGCUAGUGAUGCCGAAAGUACUGACAUCACAGAUAUGAAUGAACAGACUACAAACAUGACUAGUCUCCCAACAGAAUGUGAUGAUGUCAUCAGUAAUUGUGUUCCUUCUGACAGUGGGACGAGUCUGUACACAAACGACUCUUUAAGCUCUGAUGUCAUCAAUACACAACCUCAAAUAGAACCAGAUAUCGUGAUAAAAGAGGAACCAAAGAUGGAUGGUUACCCUGACUCCAGCCCAUCUGAGAUUGCAAAAGAUGACAACCUCUUUGUCUCCACAGAACAUGGCAAAAUGUUUAUGCGAACCGUGGAAGAAGAACAUUCGGACAACGAAGGAAAGGAAUUUGAAGAGACUGAGAUUGAUAGUUCUAGGCUUAAAUCAGACAGAUUUAAGAAAAAGACUGCUAAACCUGUCCCUGUAUAUGUUGUAAAGAAAACCAAAGUCUCAGAACAGGAGGCAGAUGACCACAAUAAUGAUGAGUUUAUGCCUGGAAGAAUUCUUGGCCAAGAUAUAAGUCCAGGAACAAAAUCGAUAGCAAUAUUGGAAAAAGUGACAAAGGAAUCAACAGAGCAUGACGAGAGUCAGUUGGAUACACAAGUUCUGUUACCAAGAACUAAAACAGGAAAAUUCAAGAAAAGGUCAAGAAAACUCAUCAACAGUUCUCAAAAGAAAACUAAAGUUCUGGAGCAGGUGACAAGGAAACGCAAAGUGAUCUCCCCUGCUUUGAGCUCUUCUCCUGUGUCUGGUGAUAACACGAUGCCUGAAAAUCAGGUAUCGUACAAUUUAAGAGCCAGACCAGAACACAAGGAAGUGGGGAGCCUUACAAACGACAACAGUCAGCUGGAUCUCUCCCUGGUGAAGACUGAGCCUGAGGAUUACUCUGAACACAAUCUAGCUAAUACAGCUACAGAUGCUGGACUUCAUGAGACCGAUACUACUUCAUGGAUAAAAAAAGAACCUCUCACUAAUGAUGAAGGACAUGCAAACGCCAUGGAAACAAAUAUGCCAGUUCCCGUAAAACUCAUCAGAAAUGAGGUUGUCAAUAACUUCACACCAGAUUUUACCAUUAGGAAUCGCUUUAUGACAGGAGAAACUUUGAGCCAACGGGAGGCUAGUACAUCAAAGUUGCCAAAAACACCUGCAUCUAUAAUGGUAGGUGGGCGUCCUGUUACUCUACAGAGUGGUCAGAAGAUAUGGUACGCUUUACCAAAAGGAGACCACUCCACCAUUCAAAGUGUAGGCGGCAGUAAUCAAGUUGUAAAGGUUAUAAAGCUGAACAAUAUAAACAAUGCACCCAAUGUUGUACCCUUGGCAGGUAAUCUGAAGCUUUUUCGGCUUCAGAAGACACCAAUUAUGUCAUCCUGUGAAGGUAAAGAAAUUCCUCUGUCAUCUGUCCUCAACCAUAAAAAUGUGACAUUCACCAGUGAAACUGCAGAAAAUGAUGAGGAGGACCAGGAAAAGAAAAAUCUCGUGCUCAAGAAAAUUGAUGGUAUAAUUAAGAAAAAUCUCGAGCUGAUGAAAACAAAUCAGCUCCCAAUGAAAAAGAAAGGUUUUAAUCUCAAACUCAACCUAUCGUCUGACAAGAAUCAAGUGAUGCAGCCUCAAUGGUCUGAAGAAGUUGAUGAGGACACUGGAAAAACUACAAUGGUGCUGAUGCCCAAUGUAGCUCAAGAAAAGAAAAUUCAAAAAGCACCUAACAGAGUAAUCUACAGGUUUGAUGACAGAUCGAAACGUAGUAAAAAGACUAGAAAAGAAACAGAUCUUUCCUCUACCCAGAACCCUGCUACAUCGUCAUCAACAGCUUACAAUUUCAUUGCCUCCUCAAACCCAGUCCCCCUGUCAUCAUUAGUAAAAGUCACCAAGACACCAGUCAGAAAGAAACCAGCUAUGUGUGAUGGUUUUACUCAGACAAAAAAAGAUAAUCCAUCUAUGAAAAAAAUGGUGUCUGGAAAAGCUGUGAUGGUGAAAGAUUCUUCCAUUCAGACGGACACUUCAUUGGCGAAUGUUGAAACAGCUGGGGAAGAUGUGUCUCAGGAGACUCCAGCAAACAGUUCUGGUGCUACUUCAACAAGCCUGACAGGACAGGUGUCGACAAACUCAGAGGAUACAGACCUUGUAAUGGAUGUAGAAGAUGUUGAUUCCAUAAAUCUGGAGACACAGCCACCUCUGGAUCCACUUACUGUGCCAAGACCCAUGUGGAAAUGGACUGGCCGACGGACUUCAUCCAUUGGGGUAAACACAGGGGAAACUUCCCAGGAUGACGAUAAAUCCAUGAACCCUGUGGACCACCAAUAUGCAUUUGCGCCGUCCAAAGAGAAGCAAAGGCGCCGAUCAAACAUGGCAUCAGUUACUGAAAUAGUGAAGCAUAGAAAACAGGGGUUGACGCUACAAAAAAUGAAGAAAUCAAUAAGACGUCGGACAUUUCUUAAAAACAAAGAAUGGGAAUAUGACUGUAAUGUAGCCAUGUUAAAGCAGAAAUCAGAAGACCGGAAGAAGUCCAGUGGUGACGAUUCUGAGUGGGUGAAAAAAGACAUAUCAAUAGAAAACACUGAUUUGUCUGUUGAUGUGGCAGCUGAACAAAUCAAGCAUGAAGAAAAGGAAGCUCCAAUGAAUGAUGGCUCAGUGGGGAAAGUGUUGGAUAGGAGAGAAGAUGGCAAGGUGGAAGCAGCUGAUGCUGAUUUGUCAGGAAACGCCAAGCUUGCUGUUGCAGAACUUGUCACUCGUAGCAGUUCCCGUCUCAGUUCUCGUAUCAAGUUCCGUCAAAGCCAUGCUCUCGAAAAUUCAGACCUGACGAGUUACUUUGAGCGUUGCCAGAUGAAGCUGGGAGAUGUAGAGGAUAUAGGAGAUUUGGAAAGCACGUCUUACAUCACCGACUCCAGUGAUGAGGAUUGGCAACAGAUGAUCAGUGGAUUGCCUCCCUUUGGCGAUGUAGUCAAUGUACCAGAUACUCUCACACCCACAAAUCAGUGUGUGACUGAUGGCAGGGAUCAAAGCAUGUGUGGAAUAUCAGGGGUGAAGGAGGAUGUUUGUGUACUAUGUGUACUGAAGGAGGAGGGUAUGGAGUUGUACCUGAUGUGUAAACGUGACUCUGACCUACGGGAGGAGGGGAUCAGGGUCUAUCUGAUGUGUACAGAUGACAUAGACUUCGACAGAUAUACAGAAGUUGUGUGGCUAAAGAGUCAAGACCAGGAUGAGGGCAAUGCAAGCAGUGAGGGAGAUAUUGUACUUGAAAUCCAAGAUGAUGAUGAGGAUUUUCAUGAAAAUGGGGAUGAAAACAAUUUAGUGGAAAACAUGACUUUUGAUAGAGAUUCUUACAGAAAUCAAUCAUAUUCAAGUCAUGAUAAGUCGGUCAAGGUCAGUUCAUUGCCUCCAUUUCAUUUGACCUCAACAGAGCCAAAUCAUUCCUUGAAGGUCAAGACCCUGUCAGCUCUGUCACUGAAACCUGUGGAUAGGUCACCAGGGAUUGAAAUCUCACCUUUACUGGGGUCACUAGAGGUCAAGGACAUGGACGAGUCACUUUCAGUUACAUCAUCAAGUAACAAAAUUGGUCUAUUUACAAGACCAGGGAAGGUCAGAGAAAAGUCAGAUACAUCGAGACAACAAGAGGAGAAAGGAAAAUCACAAAUGUUAACUUUACAAGAACAUGUCAAAGAAAGGUCACAAACAGCAAGGCAACAACAGGUUGAAAAAUUGUCACAGAUGGCAAUACAACAAGAAGACAAAGAAAGAUCACAAAAUUGGCCACAAGAGGUCAAAGUAAGCUCAUCAGCAUCAAGACCACAGAAAGACCAAGAACGAUUGCAAACAGCAGUACAAAAAGAGGGGAGAGAAGGCUCGCCAACGUUAAGAUCGCUAAAGGUAGGAGAAUGGUCAUUAACACACAGAAUACAGGAAGCCAAGGAAACGUGUUGUAAUUCCUCAUCAACACUAACCUCACUCCAGAGUUUAGGAACAACAAACAUGAUAGGGAAGAUGACCGAGUCUGAUGAGGUGAACAAAGUAUCAUCCUUGGGGUCGGGGUCUAAAGUGGUGUGGACACACCAGGCCUCUGACACCAAAGAGGAUCUUGUUGUAGAGAUGCAGGAAACAGAUCUAAAUAACAAUGAAUGUACACAGUGUGAUUCCCCUGAGUUAUUCAUCGUGGACACGGAGUAUGAAUAUACUAGUGCGGAGGAUUAUCUUUGUUUGGAACCGCUGGACUUAACCAUCGAACCAUCAAAAGUCAGUAAUUCUGUCACAGGGAAUGAUUCAAAUGCAAAUUACUUGCCAUCUGCAUGGAACAAUUCUUGCAAUAAUAGAAACCUUGAAGCUGAGAUGAAGCUUGAUGCGCAAGAAAGUUCUGUUGUGGGUUGUAGCCGCCAGGGGAAUCAUAAAAUUCUCUCCAGGCCAACUGUCGACUCGUCCCUCAUUUGUUCUGUACUGGGAAGUCAUAGGGAUAGUAACACAAGGAAUGUAGACAUAGUUGGAGAAAAUUUUAACAAUCCUUGUUGCCAUUUUCUGAAGCAGGGCCAUAACAAUGUGCGUAUCGGUGACGAAAGAGAUUUCUGCAGAUCUUGUCCUGGAAACAUGGAAAUUGAUGAAAAUGCAAACCAAAUUGGUGUUGAUCCACAUAACAAUAAGGCAUAUUUGAGUAAGACUGGUGUCUGUCAUCAGAUCAACAUUACUGGUUCCUGUGCCACUUUACAGCAGAAAAAUGAUAGUACAUACCAGCAUACAACACACACUAGGCCACAGAGUGGCAACAGCAGCCAUGAUGCAACCGCCAGGUCAGUGGGUCCCUUUUUCCAGCAGGAGGGAGGUGUCUGUUGGCAGAAUAAUCAAUCCCGAUCUCGAGCACAGCCUAGGAUUACCAGACAGCAAGAAAAGGAGGCUGAAAUACUAAACCCCUACCUAGGGAAUGAAAUUCAGGAUAGCUUUAAAUCAGAUGGAGACAGAGGUUGGGUAAAUUCCGACUUAAGCCACUACAAAAUAGACAUCGAUAUACCAGACAGGAAAAAGGGUUGGCUGUAUACACACACUGGGAAUGAAAGCCAGGAGAUGAGCAGAAUGCCCGGUGCAAACCCACAAAAAUUGCAAGACCUCUACAAUGCCAGCAUUGAUAGACACAUAGAACCGGAUGUUCAUGAGAGGAUGUUGAUGCACAUGAUGUAUACUCCACAGACAGUCGGAGCUGGUAACAGUGGUGAACUGUACUUAAAACAGAGUGAGUCCAGUGGUCAGGCUGACCAUCCUAUGGACUCAGUGGAAGUAACACGUCCUAGGCCCACUGGUAUCACUGUCAAUCAGAGUGAUAAUAAUGUACCUUUGGAUUUGUCUUGUAAUCAUACAAUCUUGAGGGACAAUCUUGAAAUUGACAAUGGAAUGAUAAAUGUCAGAAAAUUUGACCCCAGUUUUACUAUGGCACCAGGUGUUCUAAGAAAUCUGCGUCUACCUGACAAUAUACCAGAACUAUUGCGACAACGUGCCUUGCCAAAGCCUGACUGCAUCGCCUACACACCACAGUAUAGGAGUCUGUCACGAGGAGAGACACAUCCUACAGCUACAGGAGUUACGGUAAAUACCAAUUACCAACCUGUGCCUGAUGUAGUUCCAAGAGAUUUUACUAACAAUACUGCAUACACCAAUCACUGGCCCACAUCUCCUGGAUCAGCGCAGCUUCCAGAUUGCGUGUCUGACUCAAUUGUGCACAAUAAAACACAUGUUAGAAGAGGUGGCAUCGGCAAAAAUCCUUCAAGGAAGCAAAAGUCAAAGACCAAGAAAGAUUAUGCAGUUCUGAGCCAGAUGCUUAGGAGCUGUGAUGAAUUUGAACUUAAUGAGGUACCUGCAACUGACAAUUGUCAUCUGCCAUCUGUAAGAUCUGGCACUUCCUGUACUAGUGUCCAUGUACAUCCACUAGUACAGACUUACCCUGCUAUGCCUCAUAGACAUUUUAUGCCUGGUAGAUCAGGAACAGUCUCAUAUCAACAGCCUCCUAAUGCGUCAGCAGUGCCUCAUUAUCAACCGAAUCCUAAUGCGUCAGUAGUGCCUCAUUAUCAACAGCCUCCUAAUGCGUCGGUAGUGCCUCAUUGUCAACAGCCAUUUUAUUUUGAUAAUCUCCUGAGGAAGAAACAGCCAGGAUUUUCAGAUCAACAAGUAUCUGUGUCUACACAUGAGAAGGAGCUGUUCAGACCCUAUAUGGCACCGUUUGGCAGAAAUCUGGAGAGGACGUAUCGAACACUGAAUACUGGAUUUCAGAAUUCAUAUUCAAACGCAGCUAGCCUACCUGGGAAUGUGAAGUUUCCAGAAGGAAGGGUGGGAAAUUCUGAUGGAAUGUUCUGCACAGAAAAGAAACAAUUCCUUCAUAAUGGAAAUCCAGAUCCUUGGUCAACAUUCCAAGUAAAUAAAGCAGUAUAUCCUCAAUAUGGAGUUGCAGGAAAUAUAGAACAUUGUAAAACUCCUGAGGAUGGAAAUUCACAGCCUGUAGCACCUGCUAACUGGAGGCAGUCCUGGUUCAAAGAUAAUGAAGCAAAUAUCUUGAGGUACCAGCAUGAUUUCAACCAAACUUGGCUUUGUGGAAAUCACAUAGCAGAGUCAGAACAGGACUGCAAUGGAAACCCAGCUGCUAUUAUCCAGCUUGGUAUACCUGGUGUUGCAAUGUCAAAAACAGAUAAAAAGUCUAGAAUUUCACAAACAACUAGAAUUGCUGGUUUGACUGACGGUAGAAAGGAGAACAGGGGUCACCAUGGGAGUCUGGAAAUGUCUGGUAAAGGAUGGUCAAAUCAAGGAUACACAGAAAAACCACCCCUUGAACAGAAAAAUGUUGUGAAAUUUGUUGACAGAAGUCUCGCACUUGCUCAGGGACUGACCAUCGGACAGUCAGUGAACCAACCGACUGACCACAGGAAUAUGGACUGUGAUAGUUACUGCUGUAAGUGUUGGUCGCGGGGGAAGUGUCGCAGCUGUGUGUGUAGUAAGAUCGGCUGUCACAACUGUCGGAACCCAUCUUGCUGCUUUAAGGAAACAAGUCCCAGCCAUAAAAAUGUCAGAAGGCAACGCAAGAACUCUGUGAAGUCCAGAAGAACUAGUGAACAACACAAGGGACAAGUUUGCAGUAGUGAACUGAAUGCUGGAUUUGUCAGCAAGACUUGCAGACUAACAAAUGCUGCAAAACGAACCAGCACUGCUACAGGAGCCAGCAAUGUUACAUCAACCAGCACUGCUACAUCAACCAGCACUGCUACACCAACCAGCACUGCUACAUUCACCAGCACUGCUAUACCAACAAGCACGGCUACACCAACCAGCACUGCUACACCAAUCAGCACUGCUACACCAUCUAGCACUGCUACACCAACCAGCACUGCUACACCAUCCAGCACUGCUACACCAACCAGCACUGCUACAUCAAACAGCCAUGCCACCCAAGCCUGUAUCAAUGCUGAUUAUAGAAGAGUCUUAGUGCAAGCAUAUACUGUACAGGGAGAAGACAUAAAAACAAGUUUUAGCAGAAUUGUUGAACAAGGAUCAAAGACGAAUUACAUGCCAGAGCCUGUGGCGAAAACAAAACUUUUACAAGGAUCAAACAGGAGACAUGGACCAGAUCAUAUAGCAGAGAUGUUCGUUGUACAGGAAUUGAGGGAGAAGUGUGAGCCAGGUCCUCAGAUAGAAGAAAGCAAGAUGAUGUGGUCACAGCAGAACUCAAACAUGAGGAGACCAGUACAAUUGAUACCAGAUGAGUCCAGUCUUUUGAUUGCAGUCAACAAGGAUUCUUUCAGUGUUCAUGAUGAACAGGACAUUGAGAAAGUUCAUGGACAAGAAAGUCGAGCAAGUGCUGCAACUUUUGAACAUUCAGAACAUAAAGAAAUUGUUGGAACAUUUUCUGGCCAGAAACAAUCAGCAUGUAUGAUUGAUUCUGCAAGUGGCAGUGUUAUAACACAGCACAACAUGACUACCAGCGGGGGAAUGAGCGAGAGUUACAAAAUAGCCAAAGGUGAUUCUGAUGUAUUCAAUAAGAAUGAGAAAGGAAAGAAAGGGAAGGAAAAGAAAAACAGACGGACUGAGAGAAUGGAGGUUGGAUCCUGUCAAAAUCUAAAAGAACAAAAUCUAGACAAAAACAAUAAAGCGAAAGGUAACCAAAGAAAGAGUAAGAAAAAGACUUCUGAUACUGGCAAAUCGGAGGACCAAGUCCCAGAGUUGAUGACUGCAAGAAUGCCAAGAUCCCUGAGUGAUGCGCUGGAACAAAAAGCAUUAACGAAAUUGGUGGAUGAAAAUAACAAUUUAAACACUCUGAAAAGCAGUAGCAUUGGUGAAGGCAUUGAUUUAAAUAAUAAUGAUUUAUGUCGUCCAAAUUCUGCUGAAAUGCUGAUAUGUUCCAAACAACAGACUGGUCUGGCAAAGAUAGAAGAAUGGCUGAUGAAAAGUCCACAUAAAUCCAAGAGAAAAAAGGCAAAGAGUAAAAAAGAAACUGAUAAAAGUGCUGAAAGUGGUGUAACAUUAAAAGAACAGUGUGCAGCUGGAAACAUUGGAAAUGUUGCAAAAAUGUGUUCCCCAGGUGACAUCAAACAAGGUAGUCACACAGUAUCAAAGAAAGGCAGGCCUAGGACUAAACCACUGAAACAGCAAAAGAAAUUGAUUCCUGAAAUUCUGAUAAAGCUGGAGGAUCAUAAGGACAAGUAUGAAGUAACCCAGUUCACUUCUUUUCACAAGAAGGACAGGAACAUUGAGGUUGGUUUGAAGUCCUUUGAGCGGUUUACUUGUCGUUUGUGCUGUGGUAUGUACCAGUACAACACGCCAGACCGUACAUCCAUGGAAGACCACCUGGCCCAGCACCUGUCCGGCCGUCUCACCUGUGUAGACUGUGGACAGACAUUUAGCCAGGCCAUCCACGUGCAGGAGCACCGUCAGAAAACCCACAGGACAGCAAACUUCACCUGCGAACUGUGUGCCAAGCAGUUCUUUACCAGCACGACACUGAAGCGCCACCUGUGUAAAGCUCACGGACACAAACUCUUCACCUGUAAACAGUGCCCAGAGAGGUAUUCAUCUGUAGACGAGGUCAAGAUGCAUGUUUAUCAAGUUCACGGAGGAGAGGCAACUAAGUGUGAAAAAUGUGGAGUGAUCUCUUUGAGUAGUAAGGCAGCUGCAGCUCAUGCCAAGUCGAAGAUGUGUAUUGGACGGGAGGAGAGUAAUGUCCCUUGUCCACACUGUAAUCGCAUUCUGUCCGUUUCCCAGAUGGCACAUCAUGUGAAGAGGAUCCAUUUACGUGUGCACACAUACAAGUGUGACCAGUGUCCAUAUACCACCCUUGCCCGCACAGCACUCAACAAUCAUAUGAUGAUGCAUCAGGGUGUACAUCCAUUCCGGUGUGAGUUGUGUCCCUUUUCCUGUGUGAAGUCGUACCAGUUAUCAUCACACAUGCGAACCCACACAGGUGAUAAGCCAUAUCGCUGUGACCAGUGCAGUUAUGCUGCAGCCUGGAAUGUCCAGCUCAAGGACCACAUGCGGGCCCAUGUGUCACCACAGAGCAUCCUGUGUGAGGAAUGUGGUAUCCUGUUCAAGGAUGAUCGCUGCCUCAACCUCCACAACAAAAAGGUCCAUAAAUACAAACCGGAGGUCAAGGUCACUAAACAUGGAAAGGUCAAGGACCAGUGCACAAGAAAGGGAAGGCUGAGCAAGAUGAAGGCUGUAAAAGACACCGCAACAUCUAAACCGGAUUCUCUCAACGCAUCCAUGGAAAGUGGGCGUUAACUGAUGGAAAGUGGUGUUGAGAUUGGAGAU